AUGCCUGACAUCAAGGUCCUCAUUGACCACAAUGAUCUGGACUGCUUCUGCACUGACGGUGAGGCCAGUGAUGCUCAACCAAGUGAGGAUCCAUCCAUGCUUUAUGAUUCUUGCAAUCGUAUUUUUAUUGAUACAUACAAGCACUGGAAAGAGAAAGAGUACCGGUGUAAGCCUUUAAGAAUCUUAUUGCUGGCCCUGAAGGUCCACCACCUCUCCAACUCCCAGGAUUCCUUGGUGCCUUAUUCAGUCAAAUUCUGCUUUGAUAUCAAGAGCAGUCACUUUCAACUUAACUCUGGAAUUCAGGUUCUUUAUCCAUACAGAAAGAAAAACAGAAACAUAUUUAAGCUGGUUGAUGAUGGUGAUAUAACACAGAUUGAAAAGUUAAUGGAGGAAGACCUUGACUGCCUCAGCAGAAUGGAUGAACAUAAAUCAACCCCACUACACUACGCUGCUGGAGCAGGUCACCUUGACAUUUUGACAUUGAUCACUGAGCAUGCCAACUUUGAAGUUUUAAAUGUGGUUGAUUGCAAUGGAAACACACCUUUGCACUGGGCUGCAGAAAAAAAUCAAACACAUUGUGCCCAAUCUCUACUUGACAAAGGGGCGAACGCCAAUAUUCUGAAUAAUGCACUGAUGUCACCCCUUCAUCUGGCUGUGCUUUUAAAUCACAAUGCAGUGGUGAAGGUACUAGCCUCCCACAAAUCUACGGAGCUGAACCUGGAAGGUGACCUUAGAAACACACCAUUGAUGUUAGCAUGCUCCAGAGAUAAUGCUGAAGGACUGUCUAUAUUGCUGGAGCAUGGGGCAUUAUUAUGCAAACAGAAUAGCCUGGGGCGUUUUACUAUUCAUGAAGCUGCUUUUUCAGGUGCAGAGAAGGCAUUGGAAAUAAUACUCCAGAAAGGUGAGGAACUGGGCCACUCUCGUGAAAAACAUGUAAAUUAUCUCGAUGAAGGACUCCACACUCCUCUUCAUUUGGCUUUACUUGGUGGAAAAAUUGAGACAAUUAAAAUUUGCAUUGACAAUGGAGCAAAAAUUGAUUUACCUGAGAAGGAUAAGUCUACGGCCCUUCACUUUGCCUGCAUGCAGGGGGCAGUUGAAGCUGUCAAACUCAUGCUGUCUAAAUACAAGGGAGAAAAUGAUAUACUGCACCUUCUAGAUGGCAUUAGACAAACACCACUGCACAAGGCUGCAACAUAUGACUACUCAGAACUAGUGGAAUACUUAAUUGAACAGGGAGCAGACAUGAAUAUGAUUGACUGUGAAUCCCGUACUCCCCUUCUGUGGGCUGCUUCACAUGGAGCAUGGAAUACUGUGGAAAUUCUGGUGAAAAGAGGUGCUAAUAUCUAUAUAAAGAAUUCUACGGAAUGUAACUUCCUUCAUCUAACUGUCCUGCAGCCCAAAGGAUUAACAAACCUCAGUGAAGAAAUUCUUCAGUCUGUAAAAAUACAGGGACUGUUGAAUGACAAAGAUAUUAAUGGAAGUACUCCACUGCACUAUGUGUGUAGACAGGGACUAACAGACUCUGCGGAGAAAAUGUUGACCUUAAAAGCAUCCCCAUAUUUGAAAACAGUGGACAAGAAAUCAUCACUGCAUUUUGCAGCAGGGUACGGCAGACUCAAAACAUGCAAGCUACUGCUGCAGAACAUAAAUGAGACAAAGCUGCUGAAUGAAGGAGAUGAGAAAGGAAUGACUCCACUACAUCUGGCAGCACAGAACGGUUACACUAAAGUGGUUCAAUUGCUCCUCAGAAAAGGAGCUCUCUUUAUGCGGGAUUAUAAGUGUUGGACAAGUUUACAUUACGCUGCUUCUGGAGGACACACUCAGACAAUGGAAGUAUUAUUACAAACUAAUGUAACACUGCUUGAUAGGGUGGACGAGAAUGGGAACACUGCCCUCCAUCUGGCUGCAAGAGAAGGACACAGUGAUGUUGUAUGCCUACUGCUAUCCCAGGGAGCUGCUCUAACACUGAAUAAGAAUGAAGCUUCCUUUUUCCAUGAGGCAAUUCACAAUAAAAGAAAGGAUGCUAUUUUAGCUAUUAUUCAAAGUGACAGACUAGCUGAGGCUACGGCAGUCUUUCUUCAUGGCUCCCCCAUGCAAUGCCCAGUAUUGGAGUUGAUUGAACACCUCCCAGAAGCUUUCAGAGGCCUUUUGGACAGAUGCAUGACAGAAUCAUCAGAAGACAGGAAAAGCAAAAACUUCUCAAUUGAAUACGAUUUCAGAUAUUUACAAUGUCCACUUAAAUACAAAAAACAGCGAAAAGAGGAAAGAAAUAUUCAAUACACCCCACUAACAGCUUUAAAUGCUAUGAUACACUUCAAUCGAGGAGAACUUUUGAAUCAUCCAGUUUGUACACAGUUUCUUAAAAUGAAAUGGCAGGCAUAUGGACUUAGAGCACAUGUCAUUAACAUGGCUCUCUAUUCAGUAUUACUUCUAUCAUUAACGUUCCUCAUUAUUGUUUCACGAGGACAUGCUUUUGACAAUGAAGAACCGAAUACCUUCAAUUUUACUCAAACAGUGAUAGGGCCCUGGAAGGAAUAUCAGGAAUCGCUUUUAUAUAAACUAUGCACAUAUGCUGUAUUUGUCAUGAGCCUUCUUGGUGUUUGUAAGGAGGUUUAUCAACUUUUACAACAGAGGUGGCAGUACCUGCUUGAUUCAACCAAUCUGCUAGACUGGCUUAUAUAUGUGGCAUCCAUUCUCUUCGUAAUUCCCUGGAUUUUCCAUGUCAGAAUUCCAAUACAAUGGGAGUGUGGUACUUUUUGUGCAUUUGCAACAUGGUUGAAUUUUCUGCUAUACCUCCAAAGAUUCGAUAUUUGUGGAAUCUAUGUCGUAAUGUUUGGGGAGAUUCUGAAAACCUUGUUUCAUAUUAUGGUCCUGUUUUUCUUCCUUAUCCUGGCUUUUGGAUUGACCUUCUACAUUCUUUUAUAUGAGCAGAUGGCAUAUGGAACUCCUAUUCUUUCCCUGAUGAAGACGCUUGCAAUGAUGUUAGGGGAUAUUAACUACAAUGAGAAUUUUUUGGUUCCAUAUAGCACAGACAAGAUGCGGUACCCUGUGAUGACUUUUGCAAUGCUAAUUAUCUUUUUGUUGCUGAUACCACUGCUCCUCAUGAAUUUACUGAUUGGUUUAGCAGUGGGAGACAUAGCUGAAGUCCAGAAAACUGCAUCCUUAAAAAGGAUUGCAAUGCAGAUUUCUCUUCAUACCAGUUUGGAGGAGAAACUUCCCUACUGGUUUCUUAAUCGGGUUGACCAAAACAAAAUAAUAGUUUACCCUAACAAGACAAGUGGUUCUGUCAUUGAGUAUGCUCAUUUCUAUGGUGCACAACACAAGAGAAAUCAACAGACAGUAGAUUGCAAUGAAAUACCAGAAGAUAAUUUGGUCUGGAGUUUUUCAGGAUCACAAAUCCCUAACACAGCCUCUGACGUGAAGAAUAGUGGAAUUGAUCACAAAAAGCUCGAAUUACAACUGGAGAAACAGAAGCACAGGUUGAGGGAUAUUUCAGCAACAAUGCAGAAGCAGCAUGAGCUUCUUAUGCUCAUUGGUCAAAAAAUGGGAAUUCAUUCUGAGACAGAACAGCAGGACCAGGAAGAGUUCUCUCAAUAAAACAGUCAACAGU